AUGGUCGGGAUAUCUGUUGCCCUCGCUGCCCUCGCUACUGCCACCUUCCUUCUCUCGCGGUGGCUCACCUCUCCCCGAUACAAGCUUCCUCCAGGCCCCAGCGCGCUCCCUCUUAUUGGCAGCGCCCAUCACCUGACGGCCACCUUUCCAGAGUACGUGUUCUGGUCGUGGCGAAAGCAGUUUGGCGACGUGAUCUUCUUCCGGCUCUUCCGGACGCCGACCCUCCUCCUGAACUCGCUCUCCGCCGCGCGCGACCUGCUCGACAAGCGGAGCGCGAAGUACUCCGACCGGCCUCGGAUGGUCGUCAUGAACGAGAUGAUCGGUUUCACGAACACCACGCCGACGAUGCACUACGACGAGCGCUUCAGGCGGCAGCGCAAGUGGAUCCACGACGCGAUGGGCACGCGCGUGGCGCUCGACUCGUACGCGCCGCUCAUGCGCCGCGCCGGGCGCGUCCUCGUCCGCGACCUCCUCGAGUCCCCGGAGGACUUUUCGGCGCAUCUGUACAAGUACAUCGUCGCUACGCUGUUCGAGAUCGUGUACGGGCGCCGGCCGCGGUCGAUGCGCGACGACCUCGUCGUGAUCGGGGAGAAGACGGUGGUCGCGUCGAACGACACGGGCCCCAGCCAGCUGCUCGUCAACUCCUUCCCGUUCUUGAAGUACAUCCCGAGCUGGUUCCCCGGCGCCGGGUUCAAGCGCACCGCGAAGGUGUCGCACGACAGCCUCAUCGCGUGGCAAGAGAUGGCGCUCAAGCAGGUCGAGGAGGACAUGGCGUCCGGCGGCCUGCACUCCUGCGUCAUCGCGUCGCUCCUCGAGGCGCACUCUGCGGACCUCACCCCCGAGCAGAAGGAGGACAUCUGCGGCGUCGGGGUCAGCAUCUACGGAGCCGGGACAGAAACCACCCACGGCACCCUCGUCACCUUCUUCCUCGCCAUGCUCCACAACCCCACCGUCUUCCGCGCCGCCCAAGCAGAGCUCGACCGCGUCGUCGGGCCCGACCGCCUCCCUGACCUGUCCGACCGGGAGCGCACCCCGUACCUCAACGCCGUCCUCGAAGAGCUCCUCCGCUGGCGCCCCGGCAUCGCCCUCUCGUUCCCCCACCACCUCACCUCCGACGACACCUACCGCGGCUGGGACAUCCCCGCCGGCUGCAUGGUCCUCACCAACAUCUGGGGCAUGUCGCGCGACCCCGCCUCCUUCCCCGACCCUGACGCGUUCCGCCCCGAGCGCUUCCUCGACACCUCCUCCUCCUCCUCCUCCUCUUCCUCCACCAACUCUGAGUCCUCCCCCAAAGCGGCUGCGGACCUCCCGAGCAGCUUCGUCUUCGGCUUCGGGCGGCGGGUGUGUCCAGGGCAGGCCUUCGUCGACCGCACCGCGUGGCUCGCGAUCGCACACGUCGUCGCCGCGUUCGACGUCCGCCCGCGGCUCGACCGCGCGGGGCGCGAGGUGUGCCCUCCGGUCGCCUUUGUUCCCGGGAUGACGAUCCGCCCGGAACCGUUCAAGUGCAGGAUCACGCCGCGCUCGGAGGCGGUCGCGGAGAUGAUCGCGCACCUGGAGGAGUGA